UACGCAAGUGACGCAAGAUACCGGUAGACGUGUAACAUUCAGUGGCGCGUAUCUUGACUCUAGUACAACACGUUAGCUGUUUCUUUCUGUUUUCCGUACAUUUUAUAGAUUGUUGGACUACAGCAAUAUUUUGCAACUGGAAAUAGUAAGACCAAGGUUACAAAAAUGGUCAAAACUGGAUUUUUCCGAAUGUCUAGUGAAAAGCAAGACACCCUGCUUAAGAUGCUGGUGUUGGCUAUUUGCUGCAUACUAGCUUUCUGCGUGAGAUUGUUUUCAGUCCUUCGGUUUGAAAGCGUCAUCCACGAGUUUGAUCCUUACUUUAACUACCGGACCACAAGAUAUUUGGCCGAGAAAGGAUUUUAUGAAUUCCAUAACUGGUUUGAUGAAAUGGCUUGGUACCCACUUGGCCGUAUCAUUGGUGGAACUAUUUAUCCAGGAUUGAUGGUAACAGCGGCAGCUUUCUACAAAGUCCUGCAUCUCCUAAACAUCACUAUCGACAUCCGGAACAUGUGUGUCUUCCUUGCUCCUCUCUUCUCUUCAUUCACAUCCAUUGUAACAUACCACCUUACUAAGGAACUUUCCAACAGUGGAGCUGGUUUAGUGGCGGCAGCAUUCAUGGCUAUUGUUCCGGGUUAUAUCUCAAGAUCUGUUGCAGGCUCAUAUGAUAACGAAGGUAUUGCUAUCUUCUGUAUGUUGUUCACUUACACGCUGUGGAUCAAGUCAGUUAAGACAGGAAGUGUUUUCUGGGCCGUACUCUGCUCACUUGCUUACUUUUACAUGGUCUCGUCAUGGGGAGGGUACGUCUUUCUAAUCAACUUGAUCCCAAUCCAUGUUCUUGCUUGUAUUGUCACCGGGAGAUUCUCGCACCGUAUAUACGUGGCUUAUACCACAGUUUAUUGUGUGGGGACAAUCCUUUCAAUGCAAAUAUCCUUCGUCGGUUUUCAGCCAGUACAAACCUCUGAGCACAUGGGAGCACUUGGUGUGUUUGGUCUCUGUCAGAUUGUAUCUUUCGUUGCAUUCCUUAAAAGUCGUCUCUCAGCGGCUCAUUACGCCAUCUUCUGGCAAGCAUUAUACUACCUUGUCAUCGCCAUUUUCGGCGGAGCAAUUGCAUUCCUUACACUAUCAGGUAAGAUCGCCCCAUGGACGGGACGUUUCUAUUCCCUCCUUGACCCAAGUUACGCCAAGAACAAUAUCCCAAUCAUUGCUUCUGUAUCAGAACAUCAGCCGACUACUUGGUCGUCAUUUUAUUUUGAUCUCCAGAUGUUGGUAUUCAUGUUUCCAGUUGGAUUGUACGUUUGUUUUAAGAACUUGACCGAUUACAAUCUAUUUAUUGUGUUAUAUGGAGUGACCAGCAUGUACUUUGCUGCCGUGAUGGUGCGUCUAAUGUUGGUACUUGCACCUGUGAUGGCGGUUCUUGCUGGCAUUGGUGUGAAUCAUAUCCUGACAAGUUUUAUGAAAAAUCUUGACACUGUUGUUGUGAAAGAUAAGAAAGGAAGAGUGAAGACAGACAACUCAUACCCUGCUAAAAACGAGAUUUCCACCGGUAUGGUUCUACUUAUGAGCAUUCUGCUUUCUCUAUUCGCAUCACACAGUGUGUGGGUAACAUCGGAAGCUUAUUCAAGUCCUUCUAUUGUCCUGAGUGCACGAGGUGGAGAUGGUGGUCGUAUCAUCUUUGACGACUUCAGGGAAGCUUAUUACUGGCUCAGACAGAACACACCUGAGAACGCCAAGGUUAUGUCAUGGUGGGAUUACGGAUACCAAAUAACAGCAAUGGCAAACCGAACUAUCCUUGUUGAUAAUAACACAUGGAACAACACCCAUAUCUCUAGGGUUGGACAGGCUAUGGCAUCAACAGAGGACAAAGCUUAUGAGAUCAUGCGCGAACUUGAUGUGGAUUAUGUUCUUGUCAUAUUUGGAGGAUUAACUGGAUAUUCAUCUGAUGAUAUCAACAAGUUCUUAUGGAUGGUACGUAUCGGUGGAUCAACUGACCGUGGAGCUCAUAUCAAGGAAUCUGAUUACUACACACCUACUGGCGAGUUCAGAGUAGAUGCUGAAGGAUCCCCGGUUCUUCAAAACUGCAUGAUGUACAAAAUGUGUUACUACAGGUUUGGACAAGUCUACACUGAGCAAAACAAACCUACUGGUUACGAUCGAGUACGUAACGCAGAAAUUGGAAACAAAGAUUUUGAACUUGAUGUUUUGGAUGAAGCUUACACCACCGAACAUUGGAUCGUCAGAAUUUACAAGGUUAAAGAUUUGGAAAACCGUGGCAAUCCUCGUACUUAGACCUUCAUUUCUUCUGAACUUUUUCUUAUAAUGCGGUUGUUAUGUUAAAACGAGCGAAAAUUUCGGUGUUUUCCAACCAGCAAUCUCGUGUGCAAAAUUCUGAAGCAAAUUUAAUUUUCUUAAGUUUCAAAAACCUAUUAAUCGUGAAGCUAGUCUCAAUUAUCUUUGAAACGCCACCCGCACCCACACGCGUGUUAAUGUAGCAGCCUCUGUUGCCUUUUGACUGCAAAAAGUUCUGCGUGUUGUACCUGCGUUGUUAUAUAAUAUAUGCUCGUUUGUUGAAUCAAAUCGAUGAAGCAUAAAUGACCAAAUGUAGCUCUCUGUUUGUUUUGAAUGGUGAAAAUAAAUUACUUCCGCGUA